ACGUCGUCGCUCUCCAUCCGGCCAUAUUUGAUUUCCAGCUGUUUUCGCAGAAGCCUCUCCGAGCCAGACAACCCCCCUAAGAUAUAUUAAAGUGCGCUGUCUGCAUUCAGAGAUAUAAUCCAGAGACUAUACCACUCCGCUCUCUAUUCUCGACCACGUGAUUGUCUAAAUAAUUAAUGCAGCACGUCCCCCUAGAAACACGGCGUCGUCAUUAAUCGCAAGGACUCUAUCAGACUUGAAAACUGAAGAGAUCCCCCAAGAAAAUAAUAUCCGAUACCCGGCGCAACCGUAGCCCCGCACUUUAGCGACACACCCGUACCGAUGGAUGCUUGGGUCGAGGUGGCAGCCGUGAUGAAUGCGUGAGGGAUAUAAGACGGAGUUGCGCAGAUUUCGGUCACAGACUGGAGCAACGGUGGGAAGCACCAAUCACGUGAAUAAACAACACCCAUGCCAUUGGAUAGAGUUGCACUGGCUUACUGGCUUUAAAUCCACAAAAUGCAGAAAGCAACAUAUUACGAUAACUCUGGACUUUUUGGAGGCUACACCUACCCCAAACCAGACUCUUACAACUAUGGCCCUGCUCAUCAGCCCUACGCCACUUCUAACAUCGAGAGCGACUACCAGGGCUCAGUGUGUCCCAUCCAGACCUCAGCUGUCCGGCCACCGACCCUCAAAGACAGUGACCUGAACGGUGACUGCAUGCGUCAAAGCGGCAGUCAAAGCAGCAGCAGCAGCAGCCAGGCCGCGAGCAUUGGCGAGCAGCAGCCGCCUCCGCUGUCCGCAUCCUCUCCCAACUCCAACAGCUCCGCAUCCCAGAAGAAGAAAUCUCCAUCCAGCAGCGCUUCCAGCAGCGCCACGCCAGCCCUCACGAAGCAGAUAUUCCCCUGGAUGAAGGAGACCCGGCAGAACGCAAAGCAGAAGAGCAACAACUGCACCGCUGCAGGUGGCGAGGUGAGUGACGAGAAGAGCCCGCCUGGACCAGCCUCCAAACGGGUCAGAACUGCUUACACCAGCGCACAACUUGUGGAGCUGGAGAAGGAGUUUCACUUUAACCGCUACCUGUGUCGCCCUCGGAGAGUGGAAAUGGCGAAUCUGUUGAAUCUCACCGAGCGCCAAAUAAAGAUCUGGUUUCAGAACAGGAGGAUGAAAUACAAAAAGGACCAGAAGUCCAAAGGGCUCGCGCACUCGCCCCUGGGACACUCCCCGGACAGAAGCCCGCCGCUGAGUGGCCCAAAUCACGUUGGAUACUCUGGCCAGCUCCAAAACGGCCUCAGCUACGACGCGCCCUCGCCCCCGUCCUUCGCCAAACCCCAGCAGAACAUGUACGGCUUGGCCGCGUACACGGCGCCCUUGGGCGGCUGCAUCCCGCAACAGAAGAGGUACCCGGGCUCCGAGUACGAACACCACGGCAUGCAGAGCAACGGCAGCUUUGCCAGCGCCAAUUUGCAAGGCAGCCCCGUUUACGUGGGUGGGAAUUUUGUUGAUUCCAUGCCAGCCUCGGGCCCCAUGUUCAACCUCGGCCACCUUCCCCACCCCUCAUCCACCAGCGUGGACUACAGCUGUGCCGCUCAGAUCCCAGGAAACCACCACCAUGGACCCUGUGAUCCCCAUCCCACAUACACAGACCUCACCUCUCACCAAGCGUCUCAGGGAAGGAUUCAGGAAGCGCCUAAACUCACGCAUUUGUAAUAUGUGGUUCCCGUGUGUGUGUGUGUGUGUGUGUGUGCGUGCGUGCGUGCGUGUGUGUAUGUGUGCCCAAAUUACGUUGCGCUCUUUUUAUUACCUCACUAGUCUAAUAACUACACUCCAAGCGAGUCGUGUGUAUUAUUA